CGCUCCCAACCCCGCCACAGUCUGCAAAAUCUGUGACUUGUCGUUUGAAACAGAUCAAGUUCUCCUACAGCACAUGAAGGACAACCACAAGCCCGGGGAAAUGCCCUAUGUGUGCCAGAUGGGUGCCUCUCUGUUUGCAAGCAACAUUGGCAGUGGCCACUUUGUGGGCCUGGCUGGGACAGGUGCAGCUUCAGGAAUUGCUGUUACAGCAUUUGAAUCACAUUCAUUUCUCUUUUUGCUGAUUCUGGGGUGGUUUUUUGUCCCCAUCUACAUCAAAGCAGGGGUGGUGACCACGCCAGAGUACCUCAGGAAGCGGUUUGGUGGGCAGCGCCUCCAGAUCUACCUCUCAGUUCUCUCCCUCUUCAUCUGUGUGGCUUUGACAAUCUCGUCAAACAUAUUUUCUGGAGCCAUAUUCAUAAAGCUGGCCUUUGGGUUGGACCUUUACCUGUCGAUCUUCGUCCUUUUGGCUAUCACUGCUGUUUUCACAAUCACCGGGGGCUUGGCAUCUGUGAUUUACACAGAUACCCUCCAGGCCGUUAUCAUGCUGGCUGGAUCUUUCAUCCUCAUGGUGUUUGCAUUUAUUGAAGUUGGAGGCUAUGAAAAUUUUACAGAAAAGUACAUGAACGCCAUCCCUUCUGUCAUCGAGGGGGACAACCUGACGAUCAGCCCAAGCUGCUACACUCCUCGGCCAGACUCCUUCCACAUCUUCCGAGACGCUGUCACUGGAGACAUUCCAUGGCCGGGAACUAUAUUUGGAAUGGUUACUACGGGCAUGUGGUACUGGUGCACAGACCAGGUCAUUGUGCAGCGCUGCAUAUGUGGUAAGAAUAUGUCCCACGUGAAGGCUGCCUGCAUCGUGUGUGGGUACCUGAAGCUGCUGCCCAUAUUCUUCAUGGUAAUGCCAGGGAUGAUCAGCCGCAUUCUGUACACAGAUAUGGUGGCCUGUGUUGUACCUUCAGAGUGUGUAAAACAGUGUGGUGUUGACAUCGGUUGCACUAACUAUGCCUACCCAACAAUGGUACUGAAACUGAUGCCCAUGGGACUUCGAGGCCUGAUGCUGUCUGUCAUGGUGGCCUCCCUCAUAAGCUCCCUGACCUCCAUCUUCAACAGUGCCAGCACCCUCUUCACCAUGGACCUCUACACCAAGAUACGGAAGAAGGCAUCUGAGAGAGAGCUCCUGAUAGCUGGACGGCUGUUUGUCAGUGUGUUAAUUGUCACCAGCAUCUUGUGGGUCCCGAUAGUACAAGUAUCUCAAGGUGGACAGCUGAUCCAUUAUACAGAAUCAAUUUCUAGCUACCUUGGGCCUCCCAUUGCAGCUGUCUUCCUGCUUGGCAUCUUCUGUAAAAGAGUCAAUGAGCAAGGAGCAUUCUGGGGUCUGAUGGUUGGACUCGUGAUGGGCCUUAUCCGUAUGAUUGCAGAGUUUUCUUAUGGGACCGGGAGUUGCCUGGCUGCCAGUAACUGUCCCAAGAUCAUCUGUGGAGUGCAUUACCUAUAUUAUGCCAUCAUUCUCUUUUCCGUGUCUGCGUUGGUUAUCCUGGGAGUUUCGUUCUUAACAAAACCCAUUCCUGAUGUACACCUGUAUCGCCUGUGCUGGACUCUUCGGAACAGUGAGGAGGAAAGAAUUGAUUUGGAUGCAGAAGAAAAAAGGGACGAAGGAGCUGAUGAUGGCACUGAAGACGACCAAACUGAGAAACCCCGUGGAUGUCUCAAGAAGACUUAUGACUUAUUCUGCGGUUUGCAAAAAACAGGACCCAAGCUGACUAAAGAAGAGGAAGAGGUCCUGAAGAAGAAACUCACAGACACAUCAGAGGAGCCCUUCUGGAGGAAUGUCGUGAACACCAAUGUCAUUGUCCUCCUGGCUGUGGCAGUUUUUUUCUACGGCUAUUUUGGCUGAACUCUAUCUCAUCCACAAAAAUAUUGGCUAAGCAAAAAAAAAGAAAAAAAAAUCAUAGUGUGCAUUUUUGUUUUAUGGUUUCUUAUCUUGCAAAGGGGCAUUAGCAAUUUGGUAAUUCUAUCUAAUAAGUUAUGUCAGACUUGAUGUUUUUAUCAUCCCUCCAUGUAAAUAAAAUAGUUUAAAAUUUACAAAACUA